AGAUAUCCUGUAUAAAUGUAUGACGAUCCCAUGAUGCACUGGGCGGCAUUCUAGCAGGGUUCCCAAAUGCGCAGGCUGUGAGCUGGAUACAUUGUUGCAGCUGCGUGGGUUCAGGUGGUCCCGGCCGUGGAAGUGACGUGCGUGGGGCUGUCUGGCGGAUAUUCCUCGGGCCCUGCUAAUUCCUGCUGCAAGACACUGGGCAGUGUGCACAGCGCUGAUCGCCCCCAACAUGGAGGAGGACAAGAGGCAUAUUAUUUCACCAAACAAUGAUGAAAGUGGUUGCCCUCCAAUAAAUCUGAGGCCACGGCAUCAACCUCUCAUCUCUACACCUUUUGGACCUAUCAAGCGCUGGGCGGAGUUGGCCUGGAUAAUUAAACUCUUUUUUGUCGGCACAAUCCUGUCUCUGAUUGUUGUGAUAGGAUUAAUCAUUUCCAACCUUGUGAAACAAUGUAACGAAGACUUCACCGUGUCGCUCAUUCAGUUGAUAGGAGCCGUGUUUUGCAUCUAUUAUAUCACUCGAGGAAUCCUGCAAGAUAAUCGCAAUGAGCUUGGUGCCUUUAUAGUAUCUAUAUUACUGGAAAUGACCCGAUCUAUUGUGAAUUACGCUGUCCUUGCUGAUGAGCUAAAACCUGAGAUACUACCUCGAUUUGCUAUAAUCCUGUCGUGUGGAUUCGUUCUUGUUGCGUUCUCUUUGUGGCUGAUGAUCAAUGUGAAUAUGAUGCCGUUCCGUGUUUCGGGGGCUCUGGAGGAACAGCAGUUACAGUAUAAAAGGCUGAUCCGCUGUAUCUCCCUACUGACAUUUGAUCUGCAAGCUCAGCUGUGCCUUUCAGUGCUGGUUUUAUUUUCUGGCGUCUAUAAAAUCAACCUGCUUCACAGUAUCUUACUGAGCAUUGGACUGUUCUGGGCCUGUAUCAAGGUUUCUGUUGGUAUCAUUGGUAUUUUAAGAGAGAUCAAAUGUCUCGUAUGGAUCUUUCUGCUACAAAAUAUACCAGAACUGGCUUAUCUGUGCUAUUUGCUCUACAAGCUGUCCGUAGAUUGGGGCAGUGGGGAAUCGUACACUCUGGAAGCUACAGCAGUGGUUGGAUCCAUUAUGUCGGUGGCUAUAAAAGUUGUCUUAUCCUGGCACCUGUAUCAUGUCUACCGCAGCUUUGGCCAAGGACUGAGGGAGAGAAUGUUUUCGUCUUAUGAUCAAAUCGAUUCCUGAAAAGCGUUUUGUGAAACCCAUCACAUUUGCUUUGCUUCAUCAUUUUCUCCAUGAAAUAGACUCUCUGGCCAAUGUCUACACUAACACAAGUGGUAAGAAAUAGCGUGCACUGCACUCUGGAAUCCUGCACCAAAAAACCAAAAGGGAAUAUUAUGGAUGUAUUAUCAAAGAAUUUUUUGCUCACAAGUACACUUUAUAUUUUGCUGAUGACAAAAGCCUGCACAAAUGUGUAUAAUAAAAUACAAACCAAGAUGUAUAGUUUUGAUAAAAAGUAACCCUUGUACUUUAAGGACUCUCCCACAUAGACAUUGGAUGCACUGGGUAAUGGCAAACAGACACUGCUUCUCUGGACAUGCGCUGACCAUUCCCUAUCUGUCCUACACUGGACAUGUCUCCCCAAUUGCUGUAUGAAUAAGUGUUAGGUAAUUCAAGCUUGCAUUUAUUUAUAAAACACUCAUUUCAAUGUGCCAAUGGAAGGUUUUUUACAUUUCAUUUUGCGACACCCUUGAAGUUUUGUAGUUUUUGGGUUUGUUUGUUUUUUGCCAGAUAUACAGACAGAUCCAAUUUAAACCUAUACCAUAUAUUAUGUAUAUAAAUAACAAUUUAUUUUCUGAUCAUCAGUUCAUAUUCCAGCAUGAAUUUUAUAGUAUACUUUUUCAGGAUUAUAAAAGAUUUAACAUUUGAAAUUGAAUAUAUUUCAAUUUAUUUUGGAUUCAUAAUCCCACUUCUGCCACCAGGAAGUAGAGUAUA